UUGUAGCUUAUAGUUUAUACACAGCAAUGUGAACUUGUGCUAAAAUGCUGCCUCUGGCGUUUGAAAAUGUACUGUGCCCUCCUACCGAUGUGAACGAAGAGAACAGCGCAAGUUGCCAGAGUGUUAAAGGCUCGUGAUUAAUUGCACAGGAGUGAAACACUUGUCAGCUCGUUGUGUUGUCCAAUAAAUUAGAGGCUCGUGAGACUUCACGCACUCAUUCAGGUGAGGACCCUGCAUGCGCGCGGAUAUACGUAUUUUAUCACGACUGCUCAUAUAUAUGUUUUUGCAACGGGAAAAGGACUAUUAUUUUCCUACUUGAGUUUUGCCAAGCAGUGCAACGAGGCUCAAAGAGAACAAGUUUUAAUGCCUUGACGUGUGUUUUUUAGGACAGCACUUAAACGACAAUAGAGGCUAUACAGUCAUUUCAAUGGUCGGAAGGCAAGCGAUCCGUAUGGAUGCUAAUGGUUCUGUGACAGUUAUGGAUGACAGUCCCGCAUCUAGCCCUAACUCAAGCCCCAGUCCUGACACCCUCUCCGCGGAGGGCCGGAGCGCAGAGGCCCUGUCUCGCUCCAGGGUGGUCCCGUCCAGCGCCCUUGCUGCUAGAGGGCGACCCGCAGCAGCCAACGCGGCGCGUGAAAGGAGUCGCGUGCAGACCCUCAGACACGCGUUCCUCGAGCUACAGAGAACAUUACCGUCUGUGCCACCGGACACCAAACUCUCCAAACUCGACGUCUUGAUAUUGGCAACCACAUACAUAGCACAUUUAACGAGAACCUUGCAAGAAGAGGGCAUGGAAGAGGGGGACAACACAAAACAAAAUGAAGCUUUAAACUCUCUUAAAGGCGAUGGUUACUUACAUCCUGUGAAAAAAUGGCCAAUGCGUUCAAGAUUAUAUGUCGGUGCUACUGGCCAGUUCCUGGGUAACUCAAAUGAAAAUCAAGGGGCGUCUUCAUCGUCAUCAAAAACAUAAAUCUUUGCACAUGACUUUUUAAUAAAUGAAGGUUAAAGUUGGACUUUUGGAGAUCCCCAAAACAGGAAUUUUGAUGCACAAAUUGUUCAGUUACAGUUUAUAAAAUGUAACAAGAUUGUGGUACGCGGAAAAAUACAAUUCUCUUCAUGGUUUCACAUUGAAAGGAGAAAGCUGUUACAGUGAACUGUGCCAUAUUCAGACAAAUGGAUGUCCAUAUUAAUUUAAUUAUUUCAAAUUUGUAAAUAAGAUUAAAAUAUUAAACAAAUUGUGUGUUUUUUCCUGACUUAAAAAAAAAAGGUCAGGAUCUUUGUUUAGACUUCUGUUCUCUGCAGUUCUGUACUUGUUGGUUAUACAUUGUACUCAGAAAUUCCGUGUGUUGCGUUAAUGAGCUGUCAUGCUUGAACUGUUGGCUAUGCACUUUCUGUUACAACAUUUGCACUAAAGGCAUGUGUGAAUAACUUAACAUUCGUCAUGUGAAGUGGUCUGUCAGAAUCACAACAAAAUAUCGUGAUCCCUUUUCUUUGGUCUUCCUUUUUUCACGUGAAUGGUUGUGUAUAUGUGGAAUGGACAAUAUAAAUAAAAAAAAUCUUGAAAUUACAA